AACAAGACUUUAACUUCUGCAGAACCCAAGUUGUUAUAUUUGAAAUCAGACAAUGAGGCCUAAAGCAAAUCAAAGCCACAAACUCAAGCUUCUCCUUGUUUGUCUUCUUGCCACCUUAAUUCUCAUCUUCAUCUUGAGAUCAACUUUGACAUCUUCACGGUCACGCCAAACUCCAGAAGAUAGGAGAUCAGAGCGUUGUUCUGGUGCCUGCAAUAAGCUACCACGUUCCCUUGCACAAGCCCUGAUCCAUUACUCGACUUCAGUUAUCAUACCACAACAAACGCUCAAAGAAAUAGCAGUUAGCAGUAGCAUACUCAGCAAGAAGUCACCCUGCAAUUUCUUGGUGUUUGGUCUAGGCCAUGACAGCCUCAUGUGGAGCUCUCUCAACUAUGGAGGCCGGACGGUAUUUCUUGAAGAAGAUGAAGCAUGGAUAAAACAGAUCAAGAGACGGUUUCCAAUGCUGGAAUCGUACCAUGUAACAUACGACAGUAAAGUCAAUCAAGCCGAUAAUCUCAUAGAAGUUGGGAAAGGACCUGAAUGCACAGCCAUUGUAGACCCACGGUACUCAAUGUGUCAACUAGCACUCAAGGGUUUGCCUGCAGAUAUCUAUGAGACUAGUUGGGAUCUAAUCAUGGUUGACGCACCGACUGGCUACUACGAUGAGGCUCCUGGGAGAAUGACAGCAAUUUACACAGCGGGAAUGAUGGCGAGGAACAGGAAACAGGGAGGAGAGACCGAUGUCUUGAGAUCAACUCUGACAUCUUCACGGUCACGCCAAACUCCAGAAGAUAGGAGAUCAGAGCGUUGUUCUGGUGCCUGCAAUAAGCUACCACGUUCCCUUGCACAAGCCCUGAUCCAUUACUCGACUUCAGUUAUCAUACCACAACAAACGCUCAAAGAAAUAGCAGUUAGCAGUAGCAUACUCAGCAAGAAGUCACCCUGCAAUUUCUUGGUGUUUGGUCUAGGCCAUGACAGCCUCAUGUGGAGCUCUCUCAACUAUGGAGGCCGGACGGUAUUUCUUGAAGAAGAUGAAGCAUGGAUAAAACAGAUCAAGAGACGGUUUCCAAUGCUGGAAUCGUACCAUGUAACAUACGACAGUAAAGUCAAUCAAGCCGAUAAUCUCAUAGAAGUUGGGAAAGGACCUGAAUGCACAGCCAUUGGAGACCCACGGUACUCAAUGUGUCAACUAGCACUCAAGGGUUUGCCUGCAGAUAUCUAUGAGACUAGUUGGGAUCUAAUCAUGGUUGACGCACCGACUGGCUACUACGAUGAGGCUCCUGGGAGAAUGACAGCAAUUUACACAGCGGGAAUGAUGGCGAGGAACAGGAAACAGGGAGGAGAGACCGAUGUGUUCGUGCAUGAUGUGAACAGGGAAAUAGAAAACAAGUUCUCUAAGGCUUUCUUGUGCGAAGGGUACAUGAAGAAACAGGAAGGGAGACUAAGGCAUUUUGUUAUCCCUAGCUACAGAGUUGGAUCGCAGUCAGAAUCAGAUAGACUCUUUUGUCCAUAGUGAAUACAUGUUAACUUAGAUCUCCUCUGUUUAUCCCAAUCUGUAACUUUCUCGUCCUUGUUGUUCUACUUGUUCACUAUCAGUAUUAAAGAGCCUAGACAAUUAAGCUAUAGCAAGAAACUAGACUUUCUUAAUGCUUAAAAUCAAGUUUCUUGUAAA